CAAACACACCAUGUCGGAUACUGAACACGCGAUGGAGUCUGAACGCAGCGGGCAAAUAGAAAAUAAUCAAACUGAAAUAGAAACAGAGAAGAGUUUGGACCCCACCUGUGAUACCAAACAGGACAUCACCAGCAAUAAUGAAAACACAGAUGAUCCUUUUAAGAAACCUGUUAUUUUCGCGGCUCCAUCUCUCACUGUGAGGAAACCAGGAGGAUCAAACUCAACCAAGAAACUCACUGAAGAAUCAAGAUUAGAGAAUAACGACACACAUCUUAAUACUAAACACCAGCCGACAGACACUCAAACAGACCCAUCCGAUCAUCCAUCAUCCGAGAGAGCUGAGGCACAGAAGGUCCAGCCCAAACCAAAAGACAUCAGACCCAAGAUCACUGCCAAACUCCCUCCGGCGGGCAAGUUUCCUCCUGUCCCGUACACCGAGCCGCCGUGGGGAUCUGUUCCUGACAUCAGCUACUCGUUCGAGCUGCUGAAAAACGGGGCGAUACUAGACGCGGUCCCGCUGACCCAGAGGAGUUACUUCGUGGUGGGUCGGCUGCCGGUGUGUGACGUGUCUCUGGAGCAUCCGUCCAUCUCCCGCUAUCACGCUGUGGUUCAGUACCGGGGCACAGCCGGGCAGGACGGGGGCCUGGGAGAGGACAGAGGCUUCUAUGCCUAUGAUCUGGGCAGCACUCAUGGCACUUUUGUGAAUAAGAACAAAAUACCCCCUAAAACAUACAUAAGGCUACGAGUGGGGCAUGUUUUAAAGUUCGGGGGAAGCACGAGACUCUUUAUUCUGCAGGGUCCAGAGUUUGACGAAGAAGCAGAAUCUGAACUGACGGUGACGGAGCUCAGAGAACGUGCUAGAAAACAGAAAGAAGCGCUGGAGAAGAGGAUGCUGGGUGAUGGCUCAGAUGAGGAGGACGAGAAAGAGGAGAGUGAACCCAGUGCUACAACGAGAAGCUCCUCAGAAGAUACUGGCUGCUCGUGGGGAAUGGAUGAAGAGGCAGUGCCGGAAGAGGACGAGAAUGAGGAGAAUCCAUUUGCCACAGAAUUCCAGGAGGAUCAGGAAGCGGCUUACUUAAAAGAUCCUAAAAAGGCCUUACAGGGCUUCUAUGAUAGAGAAGGAGAAGAACUAGAGUUUGAAUAUGAAGAGAAAGGCCACGGCUCUUGGCUCUGCAGAAUUAAGUUGCCGGUGGAUGAUGCCAUGGGCAGACAGCUGAUGUCUGAGGUGACGCUCACAGGGAAGAAGAAAGACGCUGCCGUCCAGUGCUGUUUAGAGGCCUGCCGGAUCCUGGAGGCUCGAGGUCUUCUGAGACAGGAAGCAGUGUCCCGCAAACGCAAGAAGAAGAACUGGGAGGAUGAAGAUUUUUAUGACAGCGAUGACGACACAUUCCUUGACCGGACGGGAGCGGUGGAGAAGAAGAGGAAGGAGCGCAUGAAGAAGGCCGGAAAGAUUCAGGAGCGUCCUGACACGUAUGAUUCGCUGCUAGCCAAACUGGCCAAGGUUGAAAAAGAGCUGGCGGACACUGAGAAAAGGCUCAGUUCUUCUGGGAAAGGAGGCUCCAGCUCUUCCACAGAGGAUCCUCUGGAUGCGUUCAUGAGCGCAGUCCGGAGUGAGGUGGCUCUGGAUGGGGUGGAGAGGAAGAAGCUUCAUUUACACGUAGCUGAGCUGAAGAAGGAAGGUCAGAGACUGCGCAAGCUAGCGGAUCUGGCUAAACCUACCCAGAUGCCCUCAUUACAGCCCGGCGGUAGUCAGUCCACGGACUCAGAGAAACCGAAGAAGUUAUCUCUACCUAUGUUUGGAGCCAUGAAAGGAGGGAAUAAAUUCAAACUGAAGACUGGAACAAUAGGAACGUUACCCCCAAAGCGAGCCAAUCUGCCUCCUGAGCUCUUCAAUAUGAAGGAACUGCCCCCUGGUGGUGAGAAAGAGGAAGAAGAAGAUGAGGAGGAGGAGGAGGAAGAAAACAACAAGACUGAGGCUGGUGUCACAGAUGGUGUCGUAGAGGUUAUUCAGUCUGCAGAGACGGCCAGCUCAGACAGCGCACACCACACUAAUGAGAAAGAAGAGCAUGCGGACCAGCCUGCUAAGAAAGUUACGUUUCAUGUAAAAGAAAAAAACAAGUCAUCCCAUCUUCCACAAAACAAAAGUGAAGCAGAAGGAGUAGACCGUGAUGUCUCAAAUGAUCAGAGUACAAAGACAAGCACUAAGAAGAAAGCGUUUGGCCCAAGCAGGCCUCCCGUGACCAUGUCCAAGGAGUAUCCAGAGGACGACCCUGACUACUGCGUCUGGCUUCCUCCGUCAGGUCAGACCGGCGACGGGCGGACGCAUCUGAACGAGAAGUACGGAUACUAAAUCCAGAGAGUGAAGACUUCCUCACUAAAAGUGAAUCAGCCCAACCGUUCAUCUUAGUCAUCUUAGAUCAUUUUCGUUGUGACUGGAGUGGCUCGGAUGAGCUGAGAUGUUUCUAGCACUUGGUAAUGGAAACAGCUGAGUCUUGUGACUGACUUUCACUUCCCUUCGCCCAAUUUUCAUUCAACUGCAAUCGUUUUCCACACAUGCUUUGGGGCCCAAGUUGCCAAGUAUAGUUUUGAAGUGGAGACUGCUUAAGGAUCUGUUUUCAUUGGCACUUACUGACUGGUUCCUCCGCACGCUAGCAUAACAAAAAAUGAAUCGUUUCUCUGCUUUUCCAGUUGGAAUAUGUUGGUUUGGACAUUGCAUUUGCUUCGAAUGCAUCAUGCCAGUCACUUAUGUUUAAUCACUGCUGUUGUUGACAAAUCUCUCUCCACGGCUUGCUGUUCUGGGACGGUUUCGAGCUCGGUAAACACUCGAUCCGCUGUUCUGGGUCACUCUCUGAGUAACGGCGGACUCCCUCUUCGGUUUGGCUCCGUAUGGCGAGCGAGCGCUCCUGUUGGAUGCGGUUCUGUCGAGAGAGAGCCGGCUUUACCAGCCAUCUGGACACUUGCUUGGCAUUUUAGGAUUGGGAGCAAGCUGUUAAUGAAUCAGUCUGUGUGUGUGUGUGUGUGUGUGUAUUCGCUUCUCUUGAUAUUAAUGAAGAGUGACUCAGUGUUGGUGAUGUGUUGGCGUGUCCAAGGAAGGAUUAGGCCCCCCACGUUCGUUCGCUACUACGCGCUGGUCUCUCCCUCGGUUUAUCCAACUCUUUUAAUGCUCUCCAUUGUUUGGAGAGCAUGGUUAUCGCAUACAAUAUGUGUGUUUUGUUACGUAUAUUUUGUAAAAUAAACAAUUUUUCCUGUGUCUCACCAA